GCUGUUGCUGGAGGAAUGGUUCGAAUUCCAGAACUUAACUCUAACAUCUUCUACUUCCCUCAAGGCCAUGCUGAGCAUGCAUAUGAACCUGUCCAUUUUCCUGCCGACUUCAAAAUUCCAUCCCAAAUUCCAUGUAGGGUUGCGGCUAUCCAUUAUAGGGCUGAUCCUGACACAGAUGAAGUGUAUGCAAAACUCAGACUUGUUCCGCUACAUAUUAGUGAAGUUAGUUUUGAUGAUGACGCUGUUGGUGGUGGCAUCGAUAACAUGUCUGAAACUAAGUAUCAGUCUUAUACGAAAACCUUGACACAAUCUGAUGCAAACAAUGGUGGCGGAUUCUCUUGUCCUAGGAAAUGUGCAGAAACACUUUUUCCUCCAUUAGACUAUUCAGAUAUGCUUCCUACUCAGGACAUUUUUCCCAUGGAUGUGCAUGGAGAAACAUGGAGCUUUAGACAUGCUUAUAGGGGCAUGCCGAAGCGGCAUCUGUUAACAACUGGGUGGAGUGACUUUGUGACCGAUAAGCUACUUGUUUCGGGGGAUUCACUUGUGUUUGUGAGAGAUGAACACAGUGACCUUCAUAUUGGAAUACGAAGGUCUAAAAAACGAAACGACUGUAUAUUUAAAUUUUCAUCAAAAAGGAAACUUGGACCAUCAUACGGUAGACUUACUUCCUCUUUUGGAGAGUUGAGAAUAAGUGAUAAGGUGAUGGGAGUUGGUAAAGUGAAGGCUGAAGAUGUUAUUGAAGCAGUAGAACUUUGUGUCAAUAUGAAACCGUUUGAUGUGGUUUACUAUCCUCGGGUUGGUACUCCCGAGUUUUUUGUGAAACCCUCUUUGAUUAGAAAAGCCCUUCAGGUUAGGUGGUGUUGUGGAAUGAGGUUCAAGAUGGCCAUUGAAACGGAAGACUCGUCAAGGACACAUUGGUUAAUGGGAACAAUUGCUUCUGUUCAGGCUGCUGAUCCAGCAUGGCCUGACUCUCUUUGGAGAGGUUUGCAGGUUACAUGGGACCAACCUGAUUUAGUUACAAAUACCAAAAUGCUGAAUCCGUGGGAAGUCGAAGUAGUAUCGGACAUGCCUCCGUUCCCUUUUGUCCCUUUCUUGCCAUCAAGUAAGAAACUGAGAUGGGAUCAACAGCCAAGUUUCGCCAUGGAUGGCCAAUUAACAAUGCCAACAUUUCCAAACAAUGAAACUCCAAAUGUUGAUAGUACUACAGGCAUGCAGGGAGCCAGGCAUGAUGAUAUUAGUUUCUCCAAAUCAUCCUUUCACCUUGAAAAAAUUCCAUUAGAACCCUUUAUGUCUCAUUUCCGACAAUCAUUUAAUCAUGAUGCCUCAACAUCCACUUCUGUCUCUAAUAGCCCCACAUUGCAAAAGGAGAGCAACAAUAAAUCAUCACAGCAACUGGAUCAUGCGAAGCCGAAAGAGUUGGUGCUUUUUGGCCAAACAAUAAAGCAUGCAAAGCCGAAAGAGUUGGAGCUUUUUGGCCAAACAAUGGAUCAUGCGAAGCCGAAAGUGUUGGUGCUUUUUGGUCAAAGAAUACAAAUUGACAGUGAAAACGAAAAUGCUGAGAUGAAAAUCACUAAUUAUUUGUCUGAUCCUUUACAAUGCAAAAAAGAUAGUAAUUCUGAAGGAGAAACAGUGGAGAUUGAGCAUUCCGGGAGUUCAUCAAAAGAGCCGGCGUGA